CAUCCAUCCUCACUUUCCAAUUGUGAUGUCACUACAGCUCUGAGGUCAUAUGACCCCCUGUGUAUUGUAACUCACUACAAUUAAGGGAGUCAGCUUAAACGUCUAAAGUCUGCUGUGGCCGGAGACAUCUGGAGAACCAGUCAAAACACAGUGGAGUGCACCAUUGUUUUCCAGCUCAAAACGGAACUAGUCAGCGAAGGAGAAAGAAAGGACCCAUAACUGCUGCUAAACAUUGUUUCCGCCUUUAGUUUGUGUCCCAAACAGGAUACAGCAACAUGAACGGUAUUUUCAGAGCCACACCACCACAAAGGACAACCAAAUGUUGCUCACAUUCCAUAUGAAAACCCUCAAGAGGUAUCAGUAAAAUUGUUGUCAAGUGCGACGAUGCCACUGAUUUUUUUACUACUGCUGCUCAUCACCCAAUUUGGAGAAUUUAAUGGCAUUGAAUAUGAAACAACGUGCACUUCAAAUGCCUGCUUCACUCUACAUAUGGAGAAGGUGAGCUUUGACAAGGCCAGUCAGAGCUGUUUCCACAAUGGAGGGUACCUGAUGACAGUCAGGGACAAAGAAGAAGAUGAUAAUCUCCACUCUCUCCUCUCGCUGAUCCAAAAGGACCAGCGCCUCAAGUUUUGGAUUGGAUUAAAGCUGCACAAAGGUGACUGUGUGUUAGCUGACAAGCCCCUCAGAGGCUUCAAGUGGCUAUCUGGGGAGGGAGAUUCCCACUUCUCCAACUGGGAUAAAGAGCCUGUGGACACAUGCACUGAACGAUGUGUGCAGGUUAGCUACAAUCCGACAGGUGAGAAUCAGCUAAAAUGGACUGCUGGAGCUUGCAAAACUCCUACCUUUUAUGUGUGUAAGUUUUACUUUCAAGGAAUGUGCGACGCUCUGCUCCUGUUAGGCUCUGGACAUAUAUCAUACACGGCUCCUUUCUCCGAGGCGCCCCUGCAAACUAAGAUCAAAUCAUUGCCACUUGGGACAUACGCUAAAGUCACAUGUGGUGAUCAGGAGUCUCACUUUUCUGUGUGCAUGCUGAGUAAUGAUAAAUAUCAGUGGACUGUCCAAGGUCCGUUCUGUAAGACUGACCAUGGAAAAUGUGCAUACAACAAUGGUGGAUGUCAACAUCUGUGCCAACAGGACUCAGAUCAGGUUCGAUGCCUCUGUAACCAAGGUUACACAAUUGAGGAGGACGGACUUUCUUGUAAGUUACAAGACAAGUGCACCGUGGACGCAUGUGAAUACGAGUGCAUCGUGGGAGAGUCAGGGCUUUUUUGCAAGUGUCCCACUGGGUUCAAAUUGGAAGCAAACCAGCGAAAUUGCUCUGAUAUCGAUGAGUGCCAACGAUCAAACGCUUGCCGUGGUCAUUUGUGUAUUAACACACAGGGCAGCUACAUGUGUGCAUGUCAGGACGGCUUCCAAAUGUUCCAAGGCAAUUGUCUUGACUUGGAUGAGUGCGUGCAUUCCAAAUGUGAACACAGCUGCUUAAACACGAUUGGAUCGUUCUCCUGCUACUGUAAAGAUGGCUUUACAUUAUCAGAGGAUGGCUAUUCAUGCAUGGACAUCAACGAAUGCACAACACAGCGCUGUCAAUUCAAAUGUGUCAAUACUAAAGGAAGUUUCAGGUGCAUAUGCCCAGAAGGGUUCAAUGUGGAUGCCACUGGAAUGGAUUGUCUUUCAGAUAUGACCGAUGCACCAUUAAAUGACUUUGUGGGCCAAGCAACACAAGUAAACAUCACCGAGACUGUACCCACGAUGACAAAGGAACCCCAAAAAGGGUCCACUCCCACGGAUGUGCCUCUCCCACGCAUGGUGACUGUCAUGCCAAACAAUGCAUCCCAGGCUUCAAGCGCUAAGGCAGUCAGCUCGAGAGUGCUUAUCUGUGUGCUCGGCUCAGUGAUUCCUUUGCUGCUUUUGGUCACUGUGACAUUGACUAUCGCCAUCGUUCGAUGUAAUCGAGCUAGAAAAGAAGCAAAGAAAACUACAACAGACAGUUAUUGCUGGGUGUCCUCAGGUUUGGAUCCACGCUUAGAGAAACUUUAUGAAUCCAUCUUGACUGAUGACCUAUGACCUGAUGGACGGAGUUGCCUUCAUUUUGUACAUAAUUUAUCUUCAAGCAUAUUUAUGUAAUUUAUGUUUAAGGUUCCCAUAACUGUAAAUACUCCAUUCAUACACCCCUUGUCUCUCUUUUUUUCUUUCUGAUUGGUUGCACGUACGUACUGUACAUACUGUAUGUCACACACACACGUAAACAAUACAGUUGCCAGCACAACCAUAUGGCCACUUCUACUGAGAUAAUAACUCUCUGUAAAUUACAUUAUCAAUACUGUAUAUCUACUAUAGUGAAUGUAAAUGCCUAAAAUGCUGUGUUGCUUUUGGAUUGGAUUUCUUAAGAUCUUGAUUUUGGUUAUGAAGUUUGGUUAGCUGCUGUUUUUGAGACCCAAAGGCAUCAUUUCCAUAAAAAAUUGGUCCGUUUAUGUCCGGGUGUCAAAACUUUUUUCAACAAGGGCCACAUCCUGAAAAAUGAAAGGAUGCAAGGGCCACUUUUGAUAUUUUGUAAACCAACACAUGUAUCUAUGCUAAGAAGUUAUAGAUAUAUUUCAGGAAAAACUGCAUCUCAACUUUGCUAUAUAGGUGAAAAAGCGCAUUAUGAGUAUGGACUUCGGUCUUUUUUUUGCCUUUGUUUGUUUUUUUUUUAUAUUAAAACUUUCUUAAAUAAUUUUUGGAUAAGUUCUUCUCAUAAUAUUAUGACUUUAUUCCUAUAUUAUAACUUUUUGUUCAACACAAUUUCCCCAAAAUUACAACUUUAUUUAGUUUUGUUUGUUUCUCAAAAUAUUACGACAUUUUAAAAAAACACAUUUUUUGGGUUUGUGUGGGUUUUCUCCAGUUACUCCGGUUUCCUCCCACAUUCCAAAAACAUGCAUGUUAGGUUAAUUGGCAACUCUAAAUUGGUAUAAGUAAUAGGUAUGAAUGUGAGUGUGAAUGGUUGUUUGUCUAUAUGUGCCCUGCCAUUGGCUCACAACCGGUCCAGGGUGUACCCCGCCUGUCGCCCGAAGUCAGCUGGGAUAGGCUCCAGCAUACCCCCGCGACCCUAAUAAGGAAAAGCGGCAUAGAAAAUGGAUGCAUGGACACAUUUUUUUCUUUAAUAUUUCAACUCAGUGCCACUAAACAAGUUUAUUCUUGUAAAAUUACAGCUUUUUUCUCGUGAGAAUAAGAUUUUUUUUCUUAAUAUUUUGACUGCAUUCAUGCAUUCAGCUUUGCUGUUGUUGUUUUUUCAUUUUCCAACUAUUUCAAAACUUUUCUCCUAUUAAUUAAGACAUAAGUCCCAUAAUAUUUUGGACUUUAUUCUCAUAAAAUUAUCACUUUUUUCUCCGACCUAAUUUUCCAAAAAUGACAACUUUAUUUGUUUGUUUGUUCUUUUCAACUUCAACUUUUUUUCUUUACAAUUUUCAAAUGUAUGCUACUAAAAUGGCUGUUAUUACAAAUGUGAUUUAUUACCAUAAUAAUACAAUUAUUUUUUCUUUUUAGAUUACAACUUUAUCCUCUGAAUAUUUUGACUUUAUUCUUGUAAAAUUACUGAUCAUUUUUUCCAUUUUUGCUGUUGUUUUUUUUAGUCUUUUGUUAAAUUCGAUUUUUAGAUUGUGCUGCGGGCCAAUAAAAAAAACAGCCGCGGGCCACACUUUGACCACCCCUAGUUUAUGUUGACAUGUGUUGUGGUAUUGUUAAAGGGAUAGUUCA